AAAAAACAUGCCGAUUCAAAAAAGCUCAUCGAUCCCUUUAAUGGUGAAGAAAAAUCCCACCGAAAUGGUGAAACCCUCAAAACACAUACCUUCACAUACUCUUUCCCUUUCAACACUUGACAAUGCUCCGUAUAACGAAGUUAUCUACAAGUUAUGUUACGUUUUCAAAGCCAGGAACGUAGGUUAUGAUGAUACCCAGCCGGAAUAUUUGGUUAAGGAGGCUUUGUCUGUUCUUCUUGGUUACUACUACCCACUUUCGGGGACUUUAAAGCGGAGGGACACUGAUCGGAAGCUUCAGUUGAGCUGUGGCGGAGACGGAGGCGGUGUGGCGUUCACCGUGGCUACUGCUAACGUAGAGCUUUCUUCUUUGAAGUAUCUAGACAACAUUGACUCAGAUAUUGCCUUAAAGUUCUUGCCAGAGAUUCAAGUGGAUAAGGAUGGUUAUCCACCUUUUGCCUUGCAGGUAACCAAAUUUGUAUGUGGUGGAUUCAUCUUAGGGAUUGCUUUGCCGCAUUCAAUGUGCGAUGGAUAUGGAGAGGGGCAUAUCAUGUGCGCAUUGACAGAGUUGGCCUGCGGGAAGAAGAUGCCGACGGUGACUCCGGUUUGGGAAAGAGACAGGCUAGUGGGAAGGCCUAAAGAAAACGAUCAAAUUCCCUUUGUUCCUGGGGAGGACACGGCAGCUUCACCCUACUUACCUACUGAUGAUUGGGUAACUGAGAAAAUAAAUAUUAGAGCUGAGGGCAUAAGAAGACUGAAAGAAGCUGCAUUAAAAGAGUGCGACUUUGCUAAUGAGGCAAUCACUACUUUCGAAGUCAUAGGAGCUUAUUUGUGGAAGUCAAGAGUUAAAGCUCUGAGUUUGGAUCGAGAUGGAAUCACAUCUUUGGGUUUAGCUGUAGGAAUCCGAAACGUAGUGAAUCCUCCUUUGCCCGACGGAUAUUACGGUAAUGCAUACAUAGAUAUAUAUGUGUCAUUAACCGUUACAGAAGUAGAAAAAUUUACCAUCUCCGACAUUGUGAAGCUCUUAAAACAAGCAAAGAAAAAAGCUCAAGAUAAAGAUUAUCUCCAGGAAGAGCUUGCAAACACAGAAAGUAUCAUCAGUAUGAAUUUAACGGUCAAAGGUAGAUUUUGUUUGACGGAUUGGAGGAACAUUGGUAUUUUUGGAUCCAUGGAUUUCGGGUGGGGUGAGCCGGUGAAUAUUGUCCCGGUGGUCCCACCAGAGAUAGCUAAAAUUGUUAGUAUGUUCAUGCCAGCGUCGAGGUUAGAACCUCCAAUGGUCGGAGGGGUUCAAGUCAUGAUUACGCUGCCAAGAGCUGCUAUGGUUAAGUUUAAAGAAGAGAUGAAUGCUCUAAACUAAAACUUCUUUCUUUCAUUUCUGUGUGUGAAUCUUAAUAAAUUAAAAUCAAUAAGUGUAAUACUCUAUACACAAAUGUGAUUACCAUUAUAUGUACAUUAG